AUAUGGGGUCACGCCGCACUCACACAUGCAUCCAUAAACCCUCAGCAGAGCCUUGUGUCGCGUCCUCUCCUCGAUAACCCAGGCCACAUCGUCCUUCCGCGCCGCGCCGCCGGCGACCUAACAACCCAGAGGCCUCAGCACCGCACGCUUGCACGUACGUCCAGGCGCGCUCGCCGUUACGCCCACGGGGAUCCAGGCUUUCCUUCGCUGCCGUUGCUGGUCGAGUGCGCCACGCCGAAAGGUGAUCGAGCUGACGAGCGCUAGACGCCACCGGCCGGCGCGGCGUGGCAAGGCAAGACGCCGUGCGGGUCUCGCCCUCGUCAGCUAUAAGACCGCAUCCCCCCCUGCGGAGGGAGGCACACACACAGACACAGCGCUCUCACUAGCCUCGCAUUCCGUCCCUGCAGUGCAGGGGCAGGCCGGUGAGGUCUGGGAGAGGAGGAGGAGGAGGAGGAGGAGGAGGAGGAGAUGGCCGGUAGGGAGAGCGGCGGGAUGGCGGCGGCGCUGCGCUGCGCUGGAAGGAUCGGGAUCCUGGCCACCGUCGCAGUGAACCUCGCGUGGAUCGCGACGUACAUCCGCCGGCGCUACUUCGGCGGCGGGAACCGAUCCGACAACAACGGUGGCGGCGGGGAGGUGGAGCCGUCAAGAGGGAAGCCGCCGGUCACUUCGGACUCCAUCGUCAACCUCGAUCAUGGCGACCCGACUAUGUACGAGGAGUUCUGGCGCGGCACAGGAGAUAGCGCCUCGAUCUUCAUCCCUGGUUGGCAAACAAUGAGCUACUUCUCCGACCUCGGCGGCAUCUGUUGGUUCCUGGAGCCUGGAUUCGAGCGCGAGGUGCGGCGUCUCCACAGGCUCGUGGGGAAUGCCGUUGUAGACGGGUACCAUGUGCUCGUCGGGACAGGCUCCACUCAGCUCUUUCAGGCCGUGCUGUACGCGCUCUCACCUGCAAGUGACGGCACACCCAUGAACGUCGUCUCACCGGCACCGUACUACUCGUCUUACCCAUCUGUGACCAACUAUCUAAACUCUGCGCUCUACCGUUGGGCUGGUGAUGCCAAUACAUUUGAUGGCGACACAUGUAUUGAGCUCGUCUGCUCCCCAAACAACCCUGAUGGUGGCCUCCGGAAGCCUGUCAUCAAAUCCAAGUCUAGCAAGCCUGUUUAUGACUUCGCCUACUACUGGCCGCAGUACACACCCAUCACCGAGGCAGCUGCCCAUGACAUCAUGCUGUUCACCGUCUCCAAAUGCACCGGCCAUGCCGGCACCAGGCUGGGGUGGGCAUUGGUGAAGGAUACUAAGGUGGCUCAGAAGAUGAUCAAGUUUAUAGAGCUCAACACAAUCGGUGUAUCCAAGGACUCUCAACUUCGUGCCGCUAAGAUUAUCGGGGCAAUAUGUAAUGGCUAUGAGCCGGUACCAUCCUCUGGUAAAACAAGCCAACUCUUCCAUUUCGCCAAGGAAAAAAUGGCGGCUCGCUGGGCUAGACUUCGUGCAGCUGUGGCAGCCUCAGACAUCUUUACUCUCCCUUAUGAGCUAUCUGGCUAUUGUAGCUUUUCCAAUGAGACUGUCACCGCCAAUCCUCCAUUUGCAUGGCUUCGCUACAACAAGGAUGAUAUUGAAGAUCUGGAGGCCUUCCUACUCGAGAAAAAGAUUAUCACUCGAGGUGGCACAAGGUUUGGAGUGGAUGCAAGGGCUGUCAGAGUUAGUAUGGUUGACACAGACCAAGCCUUCAAUGUGUUCAUCAAUCGUCUGGCCACAAUGAAGUGAAAUUUCAGUGCAAAUUAAUAAAGCACUUUGUGGCUACUACAAGGAUGACCGCGUUCUAGAUGGAACAAUCGAUGCUUUGGAAAGCUUAAUAAUGUUUUAUGUUGUUGAAUAAUUCCGUGUGUUUUCGGGUAUGUUGUGUAAUACUCAAUGUCAAAUCCUAUGCUUAAUCGAUGUUGUGGUCCAUCCUGUUAUCAGCAUGGCCAAUUAUAUAUGGAUGACCGUCACUGCUCAGUCUUUACUCCUAA